CUCCCAAAAUGCUGACAUUACAGACAUGAGCCACUGCACCCAGCCAAUCAUCACAUUUUAACUACAAUAUUCUAUUUUCUGACACAACUCACAGAAACGGACAUUUUUCUUCCUCUCAUGCUCUCACAUACUUCCCUAGCCUGGAAUCCAUCAUAGAAUAUACAUCCUCCUCAACUCCUACAACAACAAAACCCAACAUAGCUGAAGGAUAUCACACAACCGAUUUAAAUUACUGUCACUACAAAUUCUUGGAGCCUCAACAGCAAUCAAUAAUGCUUUUAAUAGUCCUUGCUUCCCAACUUAACACUCUAUUAAAUCUCCAAGCCCUCUCCUAACAUACCAAGUCCCCCAGCCUUUGGUGACUAGGUAAUGUAAGUUAUCAGUCAAGAAUGGCAUGGAAAAGUGAGAUCUAGGAAUUGAGAUUGUUGAGGAAUAUUUGGAAGAGCCCCUGAGGAGUAAGAGACUGAAAAAGAUAUAUAUAGUUGGACUAGCUGCAUAGCUCCUCAACAGAUAGUUUUAAUUUGUAGAAGUUUAAUGACUCUAAAAAUGGAAACUGAGGAGGGCAUCACAAUUAAAAAGAAGCAUUUGAGCUAGACUUCCAAGAAUGAGUCGUUUUUCCAUAAGCAGGAAAGGCUCAACAGCUACUAAAAUGAACGAGCAAAGUCUUAGGAGUGUGAAAGUGAGGCCCUGGUUUUCCUGCCUAUUAUAAACCCACAGUCAAAACAUAUUUACAGCCACUCACCUCCCUCUAUGUGAGAGGAAGAGUUGAGCUAUAUAUCUUUUUUGUGCUGAGACCUUAAAGAUCAGCUUUUAACCUAGAGUGGGUUUUUAUGGGUGAGUUAUAAACAUCCAAGAACUAAAACCUGACAGUUUCUUAAGAAUUGUCACAGCAGUAGAUGAUGCUACAGUAAUUUCAGCACAUUUCAACUUCUGCUGAAUACUAUGCCUUAAGCAUGAUGAGAUUUGAUUUUAUCUGUCUAAACAACACAAAGGGAAGUACAGAGGUUGCAAUUUCAUGAUGAAUUGAGUCUAUAUAGCCAGCUACACUGGAUAAUCUAUGAAGGAUGCAUUCAAAGUAAGACUCACCAAAAUGGACUAGCCAUUCUGCCAGACAAUUGCUCAACUUUUAUUGCACAUUCCUUGCAUAAGCACAGCUGUAUAAUUUUUUCAAUGUACACUAACAUUUCUACAGUGAAAUACAAGUUUGCAGAGAAGAUUAUAUGCAGUCCUAUGCAUUACAUGUCUGAAUUCUCACUUGGUUUGUCCUACAGGUCUUAUUGUUGUCCUUAUUGGAUCAGAGAGAGAAUAUAAUUUGCCCAAUAUUUUAUGGAAGUGGGUGAUAUUAGGACCCAAUAUCAGUGUAUUUAAAGUCAUGUAAUCCACUGCUGGAAAGUUAAGUCUGGGCAAGAAUAAAUAAAAAUAAAUGAAUGAAUAAAAUCAAGUAAUCAGGGCAUUAGAAGGGAGUAUAUCAUGUGGAAAACAUGUAAUGUGACUUUUAUGAACUCAUUUCCUCUGCUGGGUGUGGAGUAACCAUAUUUGUGGUUUUAGAUGAGAGAUGUGAUUGGGGCAGCUACAGCCAAUCAGAACUACUUCCGCGCCUGCAUGGAUGAUACCAUUGCCUACAUGAACAAUUACUCCAUUCCUAAACUUGUGCAAAAGCGAGUGCGGACUUGGUAUGAAUAUACAUGGGACUCUCAGCGAAUGCUAGAUGAGUCCGAUUUGCUUAAGACCCUGCCAACUACGGUCCAGUUAGCCCUCGCCAUUGAUGUGAACUUCAGCAUCAUCAGCAAAGUCGACUUGUUCAAGGCAAGUGCUUUUUACAAUUAAUAGAAAGACACUGUAUCUAUUUCUCUGUGGAAUCUAAGCUCUUGAUUUAUACAGCAUUUAUGGUUUUUUUUGCCUUAUGUUUUAACAAAGUCAA